UCAUACUGCCUCACCAGCAGCUAUAUUCAUCUGUGGGAUUAUUAGUCACAAUAACAUUAAUUCCUAACCCUGCUUAUUUCUUUGUAAAAUAUGACGCCUUUUUUUUCUUUCUUUUUUUUUGUGAUAUAUCGAAGUUAAAAAAUCAGCUGUGAAAUUAUUGAAUUUAAUCAAUGUUUGUCUAACCCAGUAUACUCGUCAUAUUAAAGUGGCAAUGUUAUUUCAGUGUUAUCUUUCUACUCUGUUUCCACAUCCUUUUAUUUCUCUAUUGUAUUAUUGCUCUGUUACUAUUAUUCUUAUUACAGCAGCUGAGCAGUGUUCCUUUCAAGAAUCCCAGAUGGUGCACUAGAAAUUCAUAGUUUAAAGCAUGUCCACCAGUGAUGACUGCCAGGUCCCUGUUAAAGAUGGACACACGGCUCUCCCUGCUCAAACCGCCCCUGAGGAGAUGUAUUGGCUGCGUCACAUGAGCCGGGAGGAACUCCUAGAGAAGCUGGUCAGCUUGCGUGAUGAUUUUUACACUGUGAAAAAAUUCUCAUGCCGGCAAGAAGAUAAAAUAAAAAAAUUGCAGACCAAAUUGCGGAAGUUAAUAUCAGACAAGAAGAAGGAUGAUAAGGGAGGCAGCUCAUUCAGCCUGAAGGAGAUGGAGUACCAGGAGGCACUAGAGAGCCAGCAACUCACCAUCCGGGACAUGCGUCUCAAGACUCAACACUUAGAGAAAAAGUUAAAGUUAGCCAAUAUUCAACUAAAUUCAGCUAAAAAGAAUAAACCGUUAAUGUUUCGUCAUGUUGGACCAAAAGUUGACAGUGGACUCAAGCAACCUCGUGCACCACCACCAGCACCACGCCCUCCCCCAUCACCGCCCCCUCUUAAAGCCUCACCUUCCUCAAAUGAAUCCUCAGGUUUCAAUGCAUCAGCUUCCAUCCAUCAGACAGAACAGUUGAUGCCAGAACGGAUAAGAGAAAUUCUUGAAGAGGCACGAGAGAGAAUUGUGGCUCUGGAAUCUGAGAGAGAUGACUUGCAGGACCAGCUGACAGAGAGACAGCAGGCUGCUGAAAAUGCUGAAUAUGAGGCCCAGCAGAGGAUAGCCAUACUGGAGGACGAAGUGACCAACCUGAAGGAGGAGCUACAUCACCAGGGAGUGCGGGAAGAGAGAAGCUCAGUGGCAGCAGUGAGAGCAGAAAGAGAGUCCCACACACUCUCUGCUCGCACUGUGGCCUUGCAAGAACAGCUGGUUGCCACAGAGGAAAAAGUUACUGCUGAAAAGUUAAGAAAAGAUGCACUUCAUUCAGAGUUGGAAAGGAUGACUGAGAAACUCUUGGGAGUGGAGAACCAGCUGCGGGUUCAAGAAGAGCAGCAGAAGUCAGCAGGGAAAUUGCUGGAAGUCACUGAGAAAAACAAGGUGUACGAGAAAGAGAAUCAUCAACUUAAGAGUGAAAAUGAACGCCUUACAACUCUUAACCUGAACUUUGAACAGAAAGGACUUGCAAGAGAAAAUGAGCGUUUAAAAGCCCAAAUUGCUCAUCUUGAGUCUGCUUUACAGAGUGACUUGAGCGAGCGUGGGUCUUUCCUGGAACACAUGACUCGAGAUAAAGAAAAUUUAGCUCGAGCUGAGGAAGAAGUAAAAGAACUAAAGGGAAAACUUGCUUCUCUUCAAGAGGAAUUGGAGAAGACUAAAGUGAAGCUCAAUAUUUAUGAUAAGGCUGGUCUCCUGAAGUUACCUGACAAGGAUCCUACAAUUCUACCAGCAAAAGUGGCUGCUCCUAGUCCAAAGGAAUUUGAGAAGCUGAGGGAAGCUCACAGUGAACUUCAGUUACUUUACCGGGAGAAGAGCAGAGAGCUGAAACAGCUGUCUGCCACUGUGGCUGCACACUCUUCCACAUACCAGGCACUGCAGUCACAGGUGACAAAAGUAACCCAGGAAUCUGAAGAGAAGGAGAGGCAGCUGAAUAUGACAGUCAAGAGUUUGGAGGAAACAAUAAGGAGGAGGAAUGACCGUUGUGAUAAGAUGGAAGCUCAGAUAUUGACUCUCACUAAUAGAGGCAUUACAGAAAAUCUGGAGGAACUGAGUCCCUGCCUAACCCAAACAGUGAGCCUUGGCAAGCAUGACAAUGUACUGGAGUUCCACAUUGAUCGGGUGCUGUUUGAAUUGCCUGAGUUCUCCCACUUGAAGACCUUUGUGUCGUGGACGGUUCCUUUCUCUCUGGAGGAUCCUCUGCAGCACACCAAUGUUGCUCGUGGCAAAGAGGCUCACUACAAUUACUCUGCACUCUACAAGUUCCAAAUUAACAGCAGGAAUCUGAUGUCUCUAAAGGAAGAUACUGUCACAGUGUCUGUGUACAUUCUCCUUGACUCGGGUCAUCCAGCCAAGGUGGGAGAAUGUCGAUUGACAUUUCAAGAGGUGUUGGAUCAUCCAAGAAACACACUGCAUGGUACACAGCCAGUUAUGUUGGCACAUGAUGAUGCAGAAGAAGCACAGCACCUAGCUUUCCUGGCAGACAUCAUCCCUGGACAGGUGAUAGGAAGCAUGAGUUACUGGUUUCGGCUGCAGCGGCCAAGUGAAGAUGCAAUUGCCCAGUACUUGCGUACUUCAGGGAUGCUCUUAGCCACCAAGAGAGAGAAGUUGCUUCCUAAGGAAUAUAAGACAAAACAAUUAAGUACAAACUCAAUGAAAUUGAAAAGUGAAGGUAAUGAUAUAGAUGAUAAUUGUAAGAGGGUACAAAUAUCCAAGAAGAAAGAUGAUGUUCAUGAGGAAAUCCAGCUUGAACCAGAAGAAAAACACCCUCCAGUGUCACCGGGUGAGCAGAGUUCACCGGCAGAGAGAAUGGAGUGUAGUGAAGAGCCUCAUGAGAGCACCAUAGAGCAUGUUCCUUCUGCCAUUGUCUCUCAGUCAGACAGUAUUCCUCAUGGACAUGAGGGUGUACCUGCUGAUCCUGUCACACAGCAAUUAACACGCUCACAUUCAGCCUCUGUCAGCUCAACUGGGACAUAUAACAUUGGAAGUCCAAAGAAAUCCAAGACUUACAGUAAUUCAGAUACAGAUGCUCCUAAAAAUCUAAAAACCAUAAAAAUAAAGAAAGUUGAUUCAGGAGGUUCUUCAGAAGACAGUUCAACUGGAACGUAUAAUGUGGAAGAUCCUAAAACAUAUAAAGUUUCUGGUAAUUCUAAUUCUAAUACAUCUUCAAAAAUUUUGAAGCACAAAAGUCCAGUGAGAGCAGAUUCAAAAAGUUCCUUAGGAUCACAUUCUUCAGGAAGAAGCUCCAAGGUUGAAGUGUUAUCAUCUUCAUCUGACAAGAAGUCAACUCCUUCCAGGGCUUCUUCUCACUCUGGAAAGGGAGUGAAGUCUGAGGUACCUGAGGAGAGACCAAGCACUUCACAGAUGGCAGCACUGCUGCUGCAACCAUCACCUCAAAUGAGUGACAGAAGCAUCACAGAUUCCAAAGCACAGAAGCUGCCAGUCAGUCCCCAAGACACAUCCAGCAGUGACAGCAGUAGACAAGAAGAACCUGAUCAUCAGAUCUCCUCCUCAGGAUCUGAUAAUUCCAGUGAUUCUGAAGGUGUAGUGGCAGUGGUUUCCAAGACGAGUAAAAGUAAAAGUAAACAUUCAAGGAUAUAUGUUGAAGUGACAAGCAUGACAUUAUGGCCAGACUGUGGAAUUCUUCAAGACCCAAUGGUGGAAUUAAUCUUUGUUGACUACCAUGGAUUCUUGAACCUCCCACCUGACCAGCUGGAAACACCUGUCUCCUUGCCCAAAAAUGCCCCAGACAACACCCUGAAUUUCAAUUUUGGACAAGAGUUCAGCGUUGACAAGAAACAAUAUCCAGCACGAGUCCAAGCCCUGACUGAGCUCAUGGGUGGCAGAGGCAUCCUCAAGUUUACCAUCACCUCAGAGCCGUCAGAAGAGAUGCAGGAGACGCAUGACUGCCAGGACCUGGGGUAUGCUUAUGUUGACCUUCAGCAUAUAGCAAGAGAAAGGCAAGACAUGGUGGAGGGAGAACUGGCUGUGGAGAGUGCAGAGGAUGGCAGUCAGAUUGGGGUCCUGAAGGUGACUGUGCGUAUUGCACAGGCCUUACAGAACCUUGGCUUGGCUUGAAUGCAUAACAAAGUCAUUUUGUUAAUCAUAGGAAAAUAAAUAGAUAAAUAAGUAAACACAGUUGUAUGCUGUGUAAUUCUAGUCUGGGAAGGAUACCAUUUCUUCUUAAGCCUUUUAAAGCUGCUAUUCAUACAACAAGCACCUGGAAAGUGGAUAAUAUUUUACUGCACUCAAAAUAUUCGUAAUGUAAUGCUACAAUUUCAUUAUUUUUUUUUAAUAAAUUAACAUGAAAUUUA